GUUGCGAGCGGAGGUGUCGUUGGGAGUUCCAGUGGGAGAGGCUGCCUAUGCGCGCUAUCGCGUCGUCGUAUCCCAGGACUGACUUUUUUUUAUUGAGAGAGAGUUCGCUAAGACGCGCCGACGAUAUCCAGAGAUUUCCUGGAGAGAAUACUUGAAACCACGAAAAGGAAAUAAUGUCGAAGUAAUGAUAAAAUUCAACUUUAUCUUACCAACUGUGGGUAGGGCACCCCUGCCCUUCUUUUGGGCAUUAUUGGCAACGUGGAUCAUACCGGAAAAUUCAUGGGCACAGGCACGAAAGACUUCGUCGACAGGCAGUUGCGUUCCCUGCAAUUCCACCCUGAAUGUUGACGAAGGGGAGCUACCUAGUGUUGGGUUCAUCUGCCCAGAGAGUUUCCCCUCGUCCCUGCCCUCGCUGCCCUUCGAGUGCCUCGCCUUCUUCCCUCAGAACUACUCCCUGACCCUACACCUGCACGAGUUCUACCUGAGGAAUGCGUCGGUAUCUGUAUGUACUAUGAUCUACUACGAGUACAUGAAGCUUUUCGGGGCCAGUUCCAAACUGUCGUCCGAAUUCUGCUGGGACCUGGAACCACACGAAAAUAAGCGAUGGUCCUUCGGACCGUUGGAAGCCCUCUACAUCAACAUCACGAUACCCACUUCGAAGGUUGCCGAGGGCUCGCGAGGGUAUUUCACGCAUCUGGACUUUCAUACAAGUGCCUUUGGACAUGAAGCAUACCGGCACCGCCAAGGAUUCAACUUCACCUACGAGAUCAGGCGGAACCACAGCGGCGUCGCCGAGGCCGUGGAAGGCCUCUCGUUCGCCCACCUGACCGACUGCAGCUUCAACGGGAUACCUGAGCUGCAUAAACUCUCAAGGAGCAAAUACAGGUUCAGGUGUCGAUGCUUACAAGAGACCUCAGGUGAUCACUGCCAGUGGGGAGGUCGUUGCCGGCGCAACGGAGAUCAUCAGCAGCGGCUUUUGUGCAGCACUGAAAAUAGCACCUGCAGGCACAUCGACGGGCAGGACAUCUGCUCGUGCCCCGAUGGGUACCGAGGAAGGAAUUGCGAUCUUCAUUAUACCACGAUAUCUGCCAUAGAUAACAGCUGUGGGGGAAUCCUAAAUUGCCAGCACCACUGUCACCUUCGUAUCCUAGUUGGGCAAAAGGAGGCAUAUUGUUCCUGCAAAGCUGGUUAUAACUCUCUCAAUGAAACGCACUGUGUUCCUUCAGAAGACUGGGACGUCCUCGUACUAGUCAGGUUUCAAGAACAUCACAAUCAAAGCAAGACCGGGGCCCUCACGAAGAUCAAGCAAGUUCUACAAGACGAAGGAAUCGCAGAGCAAAUCGCCGACGCCGCAGUUAAAGUGCAAAUGAAAACCCAGGAACUGAUUUGCAGCUUGGAUAUCAAAGGACUGUAUCUCAAAAACCGGCUAAUGGAUGGAUCGAUGUGGCAAAGACAGUUCCCCGAAGCUGAAGUACAGGUUUCAGCUCAGCCUAAACUGACUGUAGGGCCUGUUUCUGCAGAAUUUGAUGAAGCUGGGGUACUGUUGUUGGCUUGCCCUGUGUACGGUGGAAAGACCCUUGAAGUGUCUUGGUAUAAGGAUGGCUACCUCCUCUACACUUUCAACGUCUCAGAUUGCCUGUACGACCAGAGAACAUCGCGUUUACUAGUGGCAACUCGAAAAGGAAUCGCCGAACACGCCUGUACGGUCAUUGUCAGGGUAUUGGAUCCUGAGGAAGUCGACCACGGAACGUACACUUGCCGAGUUACCGAUCGUCACUACGUGGUGGAGAGAAACGUCUUCGCUGGAACCAACGACUCUUUGCAUCUAGAACUCAGACCUUACACCCAGUCCAUAAAUAAGGGUGAUAACGCAAGCCUGGAUUGCCUCACGAUCAACCGUGGCUGGAUUGACGUCAACCAUUACGUGGGCCACUGGAAGGUGGUGCCAGAAGACGGCUUUUCCAAGUUCCAGACUCGUCUCCUUCCAAGACGGGGGUUUCGUCUCGACCUCUUCAAUAUCACGAAAAACCUCGAGAUAAACUGCAUGGUGAGAGAGCAAGAAGAUAUGGACUGGAUCCCAGGGACGAGAUACGACUCGGCAAUAGACGUAGCUGCUAUUAGAGUCAUUACUCAAGAGACUCUGACAUGUCCAGAGCGCAGAGAGUAUGGAACACAAUGGCACCUGACACCGGUUAACAAGGAGGAUGUGAAUUCAUGUCCUAAAGGUUACAAAGGGAAAGCUACUCGAUGGUGCAAGCUCCAUCUGACACCAUUCUGGGAUCUAGCAAACUUCUCUUCAUGCAUCUAUGGACCUUUGGAGUUUAUCAAGACACAAUUACUCCUUUAUGGAAGAGGUUACAAGUCUAUUGACCUGACCAAGAAAGAGGAGUUUGUGAUGGAUUUCCAGAGGAUUCUGGAAGAACACAGUGCCUCUCUCUUACCGGGAGAAGGUCGAUCCGUCCUUGACAUCAUCAACAUGUUCCAGAGGUGGCGAGAAAACUUCAUUCCUUUCUCUUCAUUCUUCAGAAUAAUCCAGACAAUGAUCAAGGAGAAAAAUGCAUUGCUAUUAACGGAUACUUGGAGGAUGGUAGAUGGAGUAAAGAACUACCUCACAGCAUACAUGAAAAAACUUAGCCCGAACGAAAAUGCUAACAUUCACCUGCCCCACUUGGCUGUGAAAGUCCAGACCUUUGAUGCGCCAGAGGGAAGGUUUUUUUGGUCGAACGUGAACCCAAAUUCUUCCUCAGAAGAUAUGGCUGAUGAUUAUAGAGAUAACAUCAGCAUAAAUAUGGAAGGACAGGAGGGUAACAGAAACAGCCACUAUAACUCAGUGAAUGCGUCUCUGGAUGAUCCACAAGAACGAAAUGAUAGCUUUUAUGGAAAAGACCUUCGCGACCAACGUAUAGCCGUGGAAAUACGGACUGGAAACGUAAGAGGAGACAGCAAAGGCGAUAAAGGAAGAGAGGGAGGUGAUAAAUCACACACACGACUGAAUAAGACCAAGGCGAAUGAUAUUGCGUCGUAUGGGAUUGGCGUCGUAGCUUAUAUUCAGCUCAGUGCGAUCUUGGAGAAUUCUUGCGUUGGAAUGCUCGAAAACAAAGAGGAGGUCACUGUCGUUCUGAGAAAUCCCUUGGUGGAGAUAGUGAGUUCAGCGACCACCCAACCAAGUCCUUCUCGUCCUCGUCAGUCGUCUUCCGUCAGAGGUCCUCUGGAAGGCCUGUGGGAUAUACCAGCCACCAUGUUAAGUCUCAUUGACUUCAGGUCUCCAGACAUUCCAGCAUUCGGCAAUAGCUCUGGGAAGCAAAUGGCAUGGCAGGCUAGGUGCGGGAAAGCAGAGUUAAUGAAUAGCAGAAUCGUGUGGAAUCUCGCCCACUGCGAAUUACGAGUUACCAGCCGUGAAACAUUCACUUGUUUGUGUCGAGAUCACGGCCUCUUUACUCUGCUACUUGCAAAGGGACCGCUGACACCAGAAACACAUUUGGUGAAUGACUCUACAACUGUUGUUUGUGUUGUGUGUUCUAUGUUUUCACCUCAGAAAUCAGGGCACCUGCCGCCUAGCAUGAUAGCCGUGGGCUUGUGCUGUUCGCUGUCUGUGCUGAUAAUGCUCAUGACAGUGACCCUGCUGUCCCAUCGGUUCAAGCUGCUACACAAUCAGAUACACAUGAUCAAGUGCACAGGUUACGGAGCUGCUAAUCUCUUGUUUGCUUCCGUGGCCUGGUGGUCGAUCGAGGGGUAUUCUGCGGAGAUAAUGGCAGGAAUCAGUUCCUGCCUCGCCAUGAGCAUAGGCGUGGGAAUUAGUCAGCAAUUAGUGUUGUAUUACCAUUUAACAGAUAUUCCAAACAGUUCGUUCUUCUUGACGGUGCACUUGACGACUGCAUUAGUCUUCUUGCUCUCAAUGAUCUUGGGCAUCCUCGUGUGGGGAGUCCAGAACAUCCACCAAUACGCUGUGACCUCUCACUGGAUGCCCGUCGGGGAGGCCUGGCCCCUGUCGACCAUUGUGAUGAUUUGGUUACUGUUGCUAUCGACUUGCAACACCACUUUGUUCCUCCAUAACGUGCAGAGGUUGGGUCAGCUGCAUUUUGUCCUGCCCCACCCCGAGACUACAAAUGUUCUAAGGAGCCAAGUGCAACGCGCCUUCACCUUGGUAGGAGAACUGGUCUUCCUCUGUAGCAGUUUCUUCCACAACCAUCCCGUGGGACGCUUCUUCUUCAGUGCGGCUUCCGUCGUGCAGAGCAUAAUGUUACACCUGGAGAUCACCUGUGCUGGUGAUGACUCGUAUGACCUCCAUUCCUGUCUCUUCCAGAACUGUAGACUGAAAAGUCAGGAGAAUGAAGAGGCUGAGGACCACAUAGUAGAAAACGGGGUCCAGAGCUGCAUGGGGACACUCAUGAAAUGCCGUCUGCCUCCGAGUGACACUUACGCCGAACUCACGCCCAACGGGAACCCUCUGGACGACGAAUCCUCGGAGUUCCGGGCGCGAGGGGGGUCCUUCUGGUCCCAGUCGACCACGAUCCUACAGUUAUCCGAAAAUGGGGAGACGCUCCAGUCCCCAACGGACAGCAUCCCUCCCCUUCCUUUUGACUUUUCGGACCCGGAGGCCAGAAAUGACGUCACGGCCUGCUCCUGCAAGAACGAAUUGUCCAGAGGAGCGGCGAGACACCCCCGAGGCAAUGGCAGGUUUAAUUCGAAGAAGAAGUGCAUGUCCUUCAGCUUGAAUCAGCCUGUCAUUCACGAGUUCCCAACGGAGAUUUGCCUGGAUUUCCUAGAGCGGCCUGGAAACGUCGAGGGUCAGUCUCAGAAGUAUCUGGACAUGUCUGUUACAGAGAGGCCACAGCAGCUGCUGCUGAGAAAUAAUGAGCCAAAUAACGCAAAGAAACAUCUGUACAUAAAUGCCCCUCUGUGUAAUGUAAUUAAGUCAAGCAAGAAACCUACGGUUAAAAUAAAGAUGGCGGAGGAAAUAAGACAUUACGUGAAUGCCACAAAUGAACGGAAAGUUUCAACGUUACAAAAUAAAACAAACUGCCAACAUCUACACAUAGCAGUAAGUGACCCGAAUCCAGACACUUCCUUAACUUCUUAUCAACAAAAACUUCAUACUAUUGGGGGACUCCAAGAAGUUUUUAAAUCUAAAGGUAUGGGUAAUUAUAAUAGCACUUCUCUGGACGAUAGCUUUAUAGGUCCUAUCUACCCAGUGAAUUUUUUAGUGCCUGCUAAAAGCUUUUCAGUGCCAGAUAUCUACAUCCAAACAGAAAGUACUUCACCAGAUAACUCGCGCGGUAAUCUUUGCUCAGCAAUCUCGUCUUGCAAGAAUAAUUCGAAUGAAGAAAGGCUCCUCAACUCCCAGGGUGAUUUUUGGUCGAAAGAGAGCUUUGCUUUAUGGUUGAAAGAGAGCUCAUACCAUCUUGAGUCUCUUUUUCAAAGGAGUUCAUUGCAGAUAGAUGGAUUAUGCAGCUCAAAUGAUCCAGUUGGUGUGAUACCACGUGAGCAAUAUCAAGACAAUACAGCAUUUCGUUUACGUUACUUUGCAGAAAAAUGUAGAGACAUGGACUCUAUUCAUUCCUCCCUGCUCUUCACAAAGAAAGUCUUUGGCCAAACGACCUUAAACGUUCUUGAAGAUCAUUUUAAUGGGGAAAGAAUUUCCCAGCAGAGAUGUGAUUCUCACUCGAGUCUUCCCAAUGAAAUCACUGAUCUAUGUGACCGCUCAAUGGUGAAGUGUUCUUGUGCAGAAAAUUUUUUUGCACACACUUCAGGUACAGAAAAACAUGACAGUAUUCAUGAAAAGUCAGAGGCUCAUUUUGUUGACUUUUUCUCUAAAACUACUAUGAAGAGGUUUCACAGUUAUAGUGAAACUGACGUCCGUCUAGAAACACAGUCUAAUAGUAAAUGUAUAAGACAUGACCUUAGAUUUGGCAGGAAUGAUGCUCUAUCCUUGCAAGACCCAGCCUGGAGUAAUCUUCUGGGAAUUAAGGAAUAUGUUGUAGGUUGCAAUAAACAUAUAGACCAAAGAGUUCCAGACGGCAGCACUGUCUUCUGCUCCCCCCUAUUCAGAUCAAACCCACAUAUACUUGAGAAUAGUGACUACUUUAGGGGUUUCACAUCAACAUGCUAUCCUCGUGAUGGGAUUCCAUCACCAGAUGGCAGUGCUUUCUCGCGGGAAGGUUUAUCAGCUGAUACUGAUUCAUUAUGUACCGGUUCCUCACAUAGAGAGAAGGAUUUUCACUCUGAUUCUCAGGGAGUUGGCGAAUCGUUAGAUAUUGGUUCCUUGUGUAAUGUCAAAUUUCUCCUCAAGUCUCAAGCUGAGGAGAAAUCGCUGUCUUGUUCUGUAUGAUGUUUGUUUGUGUGAUGUUUUUACGUUGCAUGAAACCAGUGGUUAUUCAGCAAUGGGACCAACGGCUUUGCGUGACUUCCGAACCACGUCGAGAGUGAACUGCUAUCACCAGAAAUACACAUCUCUCACACCUCAAUGGAAUACCCGAGAAUCGAACUCGCUUCCACCGAGGUGGCAGGCCAAGACCAUACCGAUCACACUACUGAGGCGCUUAUUCCGUAUGAUGUACUGUUUGAGUAUGACGGAUCUCUAGAGAGAGAGAGAGGAGAGAGAGAGAGAGAGAGAGAGAGGAAAUCUUACUCAUUUUUACAUCCCAGUUUUAACUGAAGAUUUCCUUGGGUAACCUAAGCAAGGAUCAAUGCUGGAAUUACGAAUACUUUGCAUACUCCGCUGUUUUUUAAGGAGAGAUCAAUCUAAACAAGACCCACCAAGUCCUGGCUCUAAAGAAAUCGGCAAGUUUUUUUUCUUGCACUUACCCCUUGUGUUAAUAUUGUUUGUUUGUUUGGUAUUUUUACGUUGCAUGGAACCAGUGGUUAUUCAGCAACGGAACCAACGGCUUUACGUAACUUCCGAACCAAGUCGAGAGUGAACUUCUGUCACCAGAAAUACACAUCUCUGACGCCUCAAUGCAAUGCACGAGAGUCGAACUCGCGGCCACCGAGGUGGCAGGCCAACACCAAGCCAACCACGCCACUGAGGUGCUUAUUGUGUUUAUAUUGGCUUAUUGAUAAGGUAUAGAGCAAGAUGUUAAUGCAUACCUUUUUGCUACAGCUACGCACAAUCAUUCCGUUAAUUUGCAAGCCCAUCUGAAGCACAUGAGACUAUUUAUUGUCUGUAAACGAACGUCUGUUUGACGCUGCCUCUUUUAGGACUAGACAUAGCCAGGGCUUCUAGCUUGAUUUUCUUUCACGUCAGAACUUUACUACGAAAACGCUCACACAGUCUCAACAUAGUACAAAUGGAAAAAAACACAGCAUCAGGUAUUAAUUUUAACUCAGUCUUUACUUUUAAGUACGGGUAUUCGCUUUGGUGAUGUCCUUCUCGUUGUAAUUCAGAUAACAUUAAUUAUUUGGUGUAUUGUAGGUAUGUAUGUCUACUGUAUAUCAUUUCUGAACUCACACUUUGUUACAAUCCUCGGAUUCUAAGAUUGAGUGAAUGUGGUAUUUUUUUUUCGAAUCCUGUGUCCUAUGGAGUCAAGAUUUGAAGGGAGAUAUGUUCUAAUGAUAAUCUGUUGCAUUAUCUUGCCACGUUAGUAUGGUUAUGAUAAAAUUCUGAUCAAAAUAGCAGUGCAAAGCCACAAAAACACGAUUUGUAAUGAUUAAAUAAGUCCAUUCGAUUUUACGUAUAAAUAGAAAUACCAUAUGAGACUAACUAUUUUCACGUAUAUACGCUGUAUACAUUAAAUGGGUACUCCCAAAGAACCCAUACCAACUCUAGCAGACACUACGUAUAUGCUGCUCUUAGUAUCAACAGAUAUUGAGAUAAAAUUUGUGCCUUGACUGCAGUUUCCGCCCUUGAUGUGCGUAUGACGAUCUGUCCAAUUCAUUGCCUGAUGUAUGUACUUACGGACUCGUGAAGGGACGCAGUGACUGUCAUAGUCAGAGUAGGAGGCCUUUUAAGAACUUUCUUUUGGAAAAUGCCACUAAAUCUAGAAUUUACUUGUAUAUACUCGAUGUUGGAUUUUGUGCCAAAGAAAAGAUGUGCUUCCUGUGUAUUCCUAUGAGAAUAUAUAUAUAUAUAUAUA